CAAGGAAUUACCGAGUGCAGUAUGAAGGCCGAGAGGCUUCUUAACGAAAAUCAGUCUUGAGUAUCGUGGGAUUUCAAAUAUUGACUGAGUCCCGUAUUUAUAUUUUAUCGAUAAGAAGUAAUUAGAGAAGCAAUAAUGUCUUCGUUGAGAGUGGUCUAUAUGUUGUUGUGGUUCUCAGUAUUUCACGUUCAAAAUGCUGUUUCUGGUCCCAUGGAGGUGUCUAACAGGUAUCAGAAUGGAAAUUCCAUCGAACAGAACGAUUGGAGGCUUGUCCUUACCUCAAUCGAAUCCCGGUUGAAGAGUUUAGACUUUUUGUACACUAGUCAAUUAACACCCACUUUGGAAGCGAGACUUGAACAUUUCCAAAAUAGGAUUAGCGGAAUGGAGGUAAAAUUACUGAGGGUUGAGGCCCUAUUGACUUCUAAACUGGACAGGAUGUCGGAUAAUAUAAGCAGUAGGCAUUUCAGAGACGAUAUGGUGCAGACAGAUAUUUUCAGGAAGAUGGAAACCGCUUAUGAUGGAAUAACACACCGAUUGGCAUAUAUGGAUAGAAAAUCGGAAAAUAGUUUCCUGAAACUACAGGAGAAGGCUGAAGCAUUUUCUAAAAAACUUGACACUAUGAAUAAUGCUUUAACGGAUAAAUAUGAUUCCAUCGAAUCUCAAUUGUCGGAUAUAGUAGAUGGAAUGGAGGAUAUCAAUACAUCUUUACACAAAGCCGGAGUUAAAACCAGUAAUGUCUUAGAGUUACAAAGGAACAGCACCCAGCAAAGGUUACAUGAGAUGCAAGAUAAAACAGGAGGUCCUCCUGCACUAGAGUUAGUCAAAGAAGCGAAUAUGAUGUGCCGGAAUUCAAGCGAAAAAUUGAAUUCGUUGGGAGAACAAUUACAAAAUUUUACACAAGGAAAUUUCAUAGAGAUUCAUUUCGACAACUUUUCGGACAGUCUUGAAAAAAUGCUGAAUGAAUAUGCCAGUAAAGUUUCAGAUCUAGGAGAACAAGUGACCAAAUCUGAUAACAAAAUAGUAACCCAUUUGAAUACAAUAGAGAAGGUGGUAAACUCCUCUAGAGCAGAAAUGCAAAAUGCUCUCAGAGCACUUAUGGUUCAGAUAGGGAAGUUAUCUCCGAAAGACAAUACUCAAUAUGAAGUUAUCGACCAACAGCUGCUAUCAGAUAUGGCUAAGAAAUUAGACUCAAAUUUCGAGAAGGUAAUUUUGUCCCAAAAUACAUUUUUGGAGAGUUGUCAUCGAUUGCAAAUGGAUGAAUCCCAGCUAGAGGGUCAAAUAAGUGAUAUCCUAAAUAAACUGAUAGAUAAUUUCGAGGGAACAACAAGAGAACAUCAUCAUGUUCUGAGGAAAAUUGAAGGAUUACUCGUCAGACAUGAUAUUCACACGAAAAAAGAAUUGCAUCAAGCAAAUGCAAACAUCAUGACAGUCUAUGAACAAUCUAAAAAGGAAUCGAAAGAGACGAAGGAACAAUAUAAACAAACUUCGAAUAACUUAGAAGCACUAUUUGCUUUGGUACAGAACAUUUUGGGCAAAGAUGACGGUGUCAUUAAAAGAGAAAUAUCAAAAGAGAAGGAACUCAUCGAAUACAUUCAGUCUCUUGAAAGGGCCCUUAAUUUCACAAAACAACAACAACUACAAAUGUUUGACUCAUACAGAGCUACCGUUGAAGUGUUACUUACUCUCAGCCAAACAAAACAAGAAGAUGGUCAUUCCACUCUCAUUUUGUUGACAAAUAUGAGCAAGAAUAUAUCUUUACUCGUAGAAGGUUUGUCAAACAAUUCAAAUACAAAUGUCACCCUAGAUAUUUUGAAUUCUGUUGAAAGAAUAUAUGAAAUGGUGAAAAAAAAUAAUGAAAAUCUCAGUAGACUAUCGGCCUCAACAUAUUCCAACAACGAAAAACCAAAUGGAACAAGAAAACUAAGAAAGAACAUCACUGAGAACAUUAACACAACAAAAUCAGAUGCACAAACUGAUAUUGAUUCCCUGAUUAAAGAAAUAUUCUUCAAUAAUGGAACAAACGUAACACUUCCUAGCACAACUGUAAUCCCAUGUCUUGAUGUAGAUAUCGAUGUAAGAUUCAAUAAUGAGGAUGAUACAAGUAAUAACAAUAUCAGAAGAUGUCAAAACGCUUAUGACUCAAAGGCAAAUGUAUCAGAAGAAAACAAGGCAGAUAAUGAAGAAUCUCUGGAAAUCCCCAUAGAUCUUAGAUUCAAUCUUGUUGAGACAGAAAAUGAAAGUAAAAAGCCCUAUAAUAAUAAAAACCAAAAUUCUGAAGAACAGGAUAUGAACACAUCAGCAGUUAAAGAUACUACUGUGAAAGACCUGUUAAUACAGAAUAUUGUUCCUUUACUUAAUAUCACAAAUAAUACACUUCAUGUGAAUUAAAUAAUAAAUAUAAUGUC